AUGCCUGAGUCUCCUCUCAGCCCCCCGACAGCCCGUCAAACCCCAGCCAGCAGCCUCCUCAGUCACACCGACACCGGGGCAGGAGAGAGAGUAGCUAAUGGGGCCUCCUGCAGCGGAGUGAGUGCGGAAAACUGGCAGAGUCUGCACCAUAAACAGCUUUUUCUGGCUAUGAUGGCUCCUCAGCAGAUGCAGCAGCUGCUGUCCCCGAACCAGCUGCAGGCUCUGAUCCACCAGAAGCAACAAGCCCUUCUGCUGCAGCAGCAACAUCUGAAAGAGUUUUACAAGAAGCAACAACAACAGAUUCAUCUGCAGCUGCUUCAACAAAAGCCCAGCAAGAAAGUCAGAGAGCUCCCUGCACAGCAGCUGGUGUUCCAGAAGCUCCUCCAGCUGCAGCAGCAGCAGCUCCUCCGGUUGCAGAGGCCGGUCCUGUCCUCUCCUGCCCUCGGUCCAGCAGGUUUCAGCCCUGCAGAGAUGCAGCAGAUAUGGAAAGAGCUCACAAAUGGAGUAACUGAAGAUAAAACCACAUCGAAGAGCCACCAGGACUCGUCCUCGAGCAACACGGGGAGGCAGAGUGGCGACCGGCGUCCGUCUUCCCCUCACAGCGCUGAACGUGCUGUCGAAGCUGAUCGCGCCGCCACACACUCCCUCUACGCCCACGGUGUGUGUAAUUGGCCCGGAUGCGAGUCGGUGUGUGACAACUUCAGCCAGUUCCUCAGGCACAUCGGCAGCGAGCACACUCUGGAUGACCGAAGUACAGCGCAGUGCAGAGUCCAGAUGCAGGUGGUGCAGCAGCUGGAGCUGCAGCUCUGCAAAGAACGGGAGCGUCUGCGAGCGAUGAUGGCUCACCUGCAUCUGCCAUCCUCAGAGUCUCAGUCCAUCUCUGCACCCGCGAGUCUCCAGCUGCCACGCUGUGAUCCGGCUGCUGACCCACGCGGGCUCCAGCUUUCUUCCUUUCCCGACGACCUGCCCUCGCCGAGCCCGUCGGACUCGGCCCGGGUGACCCCGCGACCUCUGGCCCCCAAGGUGUGCGAAGAAGAGUCGCCCGCUCACGGCGAGUCGUGUGCCGGCGCCGGAAGACGUCGCCAUCACCCUUUGGUCUACUCGCUGUCUUCAGAAAAUGAAUACGAGCUUUACAAGAACACGGAUAUCAGACCACCUUUCACCUAUGCAACGCUGAUCAGACAGGCUAUUAUGGAAACAUCAGACAUGCAGCUAACACUCAACGAGAUAUACAACUGGUUCACACGGACGUUUGCCUAUUUCAGACGCAACGCUGCCACUUGGAAGAACGCGGUGCGCCACAACCUGAGCCUGCACAAGUGUUUCGUGCGUGUGGAGAAUGUGAAAGGCGCGGUGUGGACGGUGGACGAGGAGGAGUACCAGAGGAGGAGGUCCCAGAGGAUCACAGGGAGUCCAUUGCUGAUGAAAAACGUGUCCUCCACGCUGGACUUUGGGACCGUUCUGAAUGCCAGCUUACAGACGGCAGUGUCUGAGUGCGUUGGAAGAAACUCCACAAACAGCCACAGCCAACAGAACUUCUCUCCCGCGUCUCUUUUCCUCAAAGACGAAGCGCUGAAUCUGGACGACCGAGAAUCUCUGAUGCCAAACGUAAAAGCAGCCGGCCGGCACGAUGUCGAGGAGCAUCUGUUUGACCUUGAAUGACACGAGAACUGAAGCAGGCUAAUCCUCCUGUGAACAUCC